UUUACUAAACCAGUCCUUUCUAGUUUAGACGUGACAUUAACGUGAUCAUAAAUACGACAAUCCGCAACAGCAAUGGAUUCUUCGAUUCGAAGUUCUUUUGUCGUUUUGUGUCGUUUGUGGCUGGGGGCUAUAUUCCUGCUUUGCCGGGCGGAGAUAAUGCUCCGAAACAGGAAUUGAUUCCGAACACUGUUGUGUUUUGACGCGACGACAAGUCAACAAUCUCGGAAACGAAGUAGACCUUGAACAUAACAUGUUAGCAGGUACCUAUAUUAAAGGUGCGUGUUACAUUUUAAGAUGGUUGUUUUGUAUUUCGUUGACGAGCAAGGCACCACGAAAGACAUUCGGAAGAGUUCACGAACAAUUUAAGGCGCUGCAACAGAAGCUGACAUUUGAACAAAAAACAUCUGCAUUAUGCGAACAUUGAAAGAAUGCAACGAAAACACAAACGGGGGUCUUUACUUAUCCGCCCUGUAAUUGAUCCAAGCAUGGUAAAAUAUUUAAAAACACAGCUCCGAAGACAGAGUAGCGUACUUUCAAAUAAACUGAUAACAAAUACAUCGAGCGUUUUUGUUACUGGAAACUUUCUCGUAAUAUUUUAAUUUAAGAAAAAAUUGCGAACAUUUAUGGAACGCCACAAUAACGAGUUUCUAAUCCAAUUAUUUUUAUUAUAAAUAUGAAUUUAAAUUUCAACAAAACUUGAACAUGUUCAAAAUUAUUUUGUUUAUUAAUUAAAACACACAUACGACACAUACAACAACUGUAUAUAUGUUUUGACAUUAAAAUACUACCAAAACAAAAAAUGUUAUUCAAGUAAUUGCUCUACCUUGGAGAUUAUUCUACCAUGGAUCCAAGUUCAAUUUGUAUAUCAUAGUCUAUAGCUUUUUUUUCGGUGUUGAAAGGGAAAAUUUAUCUGGCUUGGACUAUAACACUAUUAUUGUUUAGACACAGAAACCAAAGACCCUCUGUUAUACUCAACCAUAACUAUGGAAACUAUGAACGCUACCAAAACAGACUACUGGAACUUUCUUUUUAUCGAACUAGCUGACGAACGAACAAAUGACUGGUUUCUGGUGAAAUCGCCUGUGCCAUUGUUCAGCUUGAUUGGCUUAUAUUUGUACUUUGUACUGUCAUGGGGUCCCAAGUACAUGAAGGAUCGCAAACCAUUCCGAUUGGAAAAGACCUUGAUGGUCUACAACUUCUUCCAAGUGGCCCUUAGCGUGUGGAUGGUCUACGACGGCGUGAUGAUCUGGAAGGAUUACAACUGGAGGUGCCAACCCGUUAACCGUUCGAGGACUCCAAUGGCGUACCGGGAAGCCCGUGGUGUGUACGUGUACUUUAUCGCCAAAAUCACCGAGCUUCUGGACACCAUAUUCUUCGUGUUGCGCAAGAACGAACGUCAGGUGACAUUCUUGCAUGUUUAUCACCACUCCGUGAUGCCACUCAUCUCGUGGGGCGCUACCAAGUACUUCCCUGGAGGCCAUGGCACAUUCGUCGGCUGUAUUAACUCCUUCGUGCACAUCAUUAUGUACACCUACUACUUCCUGUCGGCGUUUGGUCCUCAAAUGCAGAAAUACUUGUGGUGGAAGAAAUACAUCACCAACCUGCAAAUGAUCCAAUUCUGCCUCAUUUUCAUCCACCAGACUCAAUUAUUGUACACCGAAUGCAACUACCCACGCUGGUCGGUAUGCUUCACGCUGCCAAAUGCCGUCUUCUUCUUCUUCCUCUUCAAAGACUUCUACCAGAAGUCCUACAAGAAGAAGACUGCCGCAGCCGCUGAGAGCAAACGGAAAGCUGCUGAGCUGGCCGCCGCCAAUAAUAACAACAAUAUCAGCGGCUAUGUUCCAGCCGAACCUAAGAAGGUACUCUAAGUUUGCGACAUGGCCAAUACGAAGAGAACGCCGUACCCGCUGUGUGAACCAUUAACCGAAUACACCCGACGUAAGAGAAUAUUUCUCAGACAUCUACACCACUCGCCAUCGUUUUUACUUCGGAUAACGUUCACAUGUGCAGCAGCCACUGUCCGGAUGUUCAGAACCACCUGCUGUGUUAAAUAUCCCAUUGUAUUUUUCGGUAUUUUAAUAUUAAGUCGUGCACCUUUCACAAAGGACCACUUGUUACCGUAGUCUUAAGUCAUUGUCCAGUGUAAAUAUUCCUAGGGUUCUCGAGUAGCAUUAAAUGUUAAUAAUUUUAAGAAUCAAGUACCGGUAUUUAGGAUAUAAGUUGACGUGUUAUAGCUUUGUUUUCGAAAAUAAAGAUAACACACCUUUUUUGUUAAAGAAAUGUGCACUCUGUGACUCCAAACUGGUCGGAUCAGUUCAAUUAUACAAUACAAGUAAUAGGCUCUGAUGGUGGAAUAAAGAGAAAACUCCUAAAGAUGGCCGAAAAAAGUAGAAAAGCAACAAAUACUGCCUCAUACUUUGAGUCAUGACAGCAUAACAAGAAAACCCUUUCAGACCUGCUGACAGAUAUAUAAUGGAAAUUCAAACUUCAAAUAAAAACAACGGUUGCUUAUGUCAUGCGUAUUCCCCCAUUGGCUUAACUUCAUUUUACUCUCCAUUACAGAAGCAAUGCUUUUCAAAACGAUACUGACAGCUUUGUAAUGCUUUGCUUAUCGCUACCAUGACUAUGUGGAUGUUUUUUCGACUUACAGAACUCGGUGAAUUCUUAGUUAACAAUGUACUGGAUUUUUGGGAGAGGCAGGAAGAGAGCGUAAUUCUCUUUCAUUUGCGAAUGCUGGACACGUAUAAAGCUUGCUUUUCACCAAAGCCGCCAUAUAAAAAAACCUCAAAAAGCCAAGUGACCAUUUCCUUCGCCGGAAUGAAAUCAUGAGAUUGGAAGCUAUCAGCAAAUAUUGCAAUGCGGCCAGAUUCGAUUCGCUCUCUGUUAUAGACAGUAAUAAGCAAAAGACGGGAAAACUGAAGGAAAUGAAAAGACUUCUUUUCAGAAGCGUGUUCAAUAUAUAUUAAAAUAUUUAGUUCGUUACAAAAAUGGUACAUUUUCAAAAACAUUUGGUUACAACUGAAUUUGAAUGUUUUCUAAGCAAUUUUCAUAUGAUUGAAAGGAACACACCGUUCCAGAACUGGAAGAAUGUGAAUUUUUUUACAACGAUAACCUUCUUUCCCUUUAUGAUAUCGAAGAGAAUUGCAAAAAUAGUAGACCCUUGUUAGUUCUGAAACACAGUAUGCAUUUUGCAUGUUAGGUCAAGCAAAUAAAAACAAUUAAAACCGAUUGGUAGCUGUGUCCUACCUUGAUUUCAUUAUACCCUGGCAUCGAAAGCCCUGAUACCUAGUCUAAAAUGUACAAUAUUUAUAUAAAACAGAUGGUGUGGAACGAUUUUACAGAGGACUUUUAUUGAAUUCUCUAGGUUGUAAAUCCUGCAAUAUCCUUGAAGAUAACAGUUGGACUCAUCUAAAAAACAUUAGUCACUAUUUCAGACCCGAAAUCCACAAUCUAUGAAAUAUUUAGAGAAAUGUUUUUUUUAAGUCCAUAAUUUGAUUUCUGAAAGGAACCGCUAUUGAAAUCCUUUGACUUGAAGGAGUUUAUAAUCCUCGAAAAAGUUCACUAUUUUGCUACCUUGUAUUUCUACCAAGCCUUUAGCUUUAUUCGUAAAAGCAGCAAUACAGCAAAAUGUUGAAUUCCCUUCGACUAGGCCAAAGUACGAAAGCACUACUUUUUUGAAAACUUAAAACAAAACAUUUUCAAAUCCAAGCGUUGGAAAAAAAGAACAUUGCGAGCACGCUUUGAAAAAUUGAACAGUUUGGAUCAUAUUUGUGAAAGAAAAUUCCGGCAUUUCAUUAAAUUUAGUGCAUCAUAUGCAUAUGUAUUUUUUGAUUUCAAUUUAAAAAAGAUUUUAGGUCAUAUGAUUUCUUGAAGUGUUGCAAGGUUUGUACCUGCAGCGUCAACAAACAUUAAGAGGAGCAAUAUAAAGGUAUUGAAAUUAAACCUUUAGGGAAUAUUUGUUCUGCAUUUUGAAUAUAAUUAUCUAAAUUCAAAAAAUUGAAAUUUUUGAAAUUUUUGUUUACAUUUACGGACAUAAAAUCGUGAUCAUAUACAAUUAUUAUAUC